GAUUGGGGAGUGCUGCAAUCAGAGAUCUCCUGCGUGCCUUACCUUAAACUAUAUAGCACAUUUCCGCUGCGCUACCAUUCUUUGUGAUAAUGUCGGCAGAAGAUAGACCUAGAGACAAUGGCCCUGAAGGCAUGGAGCCGGAUGGUGUCAUUGAGAGCAACUGGAAGGAAGUGGUGGACAGCUUUGAUGACAUGCACUUGCACGAGACUCUUCUCAGGGGAAUCUAUGCCUAUGGUUUUGAGAAACCCUCUGCCAUUCAACAGAGGGCCAUCCUCCCUUGCAUCAAGGGUUACGACGUCAUUGCACAAGCUCAGUCCGGCACGGGCAAGACGGCGACCUUUGCCAUUUCCAUCCUGCAGCAGAUCGACAUUGAGCUGAAGGCCACUCAGGCCAUGGUGCUGGCUCCCACCCGUGAGCUUGCACAGCAGAUUCAGAAAGUAAUCCUGGCUCUUGGGGACUACAUGGGGGCUUCUUGCCAUGCCUGUAUUGGAGGCACCAACGUGCGCAAUGAUGUUCAGAAACUUCAGGCUGAUGUACCCCACAUCGUAGUGGGAACUCCUGGUCGUGUAUUUGACAUGCUUAACCGCAGAUACCUCUCGGCCAAGUACAUCAAGCAGUUUGCCCUGGAUGAAGCUGAUGAGAUGUUGAGUCGAGGAUUCAAGGACCAGAUCUAUGAAAUUUUCCAGAAGCUGCCUUCUGACACCCAGGUCAUCCUGCUCUCAGCCACCAUGCCCCAGGAGGUGCUGGAGGUGACCAGCAAGUUCAUGCGUGAACCAGUCCGCAUUCUGGUCAAGAAGGAAGAGCUGACCCUGGAGGGUAUCCGGCAGUUCUACAUCAAUGUGGAGAAAGAGGAGUGGAAGCUUGACACCCUCUGUGACCUCUACGAGACCCUGACCAUCACUCAGGCUGUUAUCUUUGUGAACACACGCCGAAAGGUGGACUGGCUGACUGAGAAGAUGCAUGCCAGGGACUUCACUGUCUCUGCUCUGCACGGUGACAUGGAGCAGAAGGAGAGAGAUAUAAUCAUGAAGGAGUUCCGUUCUGGCUCCAGUAGAGUUCUGAUCACUACUGAUCUGCUGGCUCGAGGCAUUGAUGUACAGCAAGUGUCUCUGGUCAUCAACUAUGACCUUCCCACCAAUAGGGAGAACUACAUCCACAGGAUUGGCCGAGGUGGCCGUUUUGGCAGGAAGGGUGUGGCCAUCAACAUGGUGACCGAGGAUGACAAGCGCGCUCUGCGAGACAUUGAAACCUUCUACAACACCACUGUGGAGGAGAUGCCCAUGAAUGUGGCCGACUUGAUCUAGACCGACCCAGCCCCAAGCCCCUUCACUUUUUCCUUUACUGCUCUACCCCCAGAUGAUCCCUACCCAAUGUUUGAAGUUUUGCCCAUCACCGCCCCCACCCACCCCCUCAUAUAUAUUUCUUUUUUUGUUUUGCUCAUGAAUGGCUGGACACAUCUCCCAUGUUUGUAUGGGGGCGGGUUCAACUUGUAGCAUAAACUCAUCUCCACAGUAUUUCAGAAGAUUUGAAAGAUCUCGGACUGAAAUGACUCACUUGCCACUCAAACAUAUCCCCCCCCACCUGUCCUCCAACAUGAUGGUGUACAAAUGCUGACUUGCUGUCUUUUUAAUUCCAUGUGGAUCUGACUACUUGUAACAUUCAUAUUUUAAAGGUGUUUGUAUUUUAACGAUAUUUGAAAGGGUGGUCCUCUGUGCACACAUUACAUGUAGAAUUUGAGGUGGGAGGUACUGUACUAACCAUUAAGGAAUAAAUUCCUAAAAGGAGUUGCAAGGUGAGUGUUUGAGGUGAUUGUUUCUCUUAGGGUCAGAGUAGUUAUAUAUACAGACUGCUUAUUUUGUGUCAAGAGGCUGAGAAAUCCUUGACCAAAGUAACAGUCCAGUAUUCCACAUAGCAGAUUAAAGUUUAGUAUGUCAUAUUUGCCUCUUGAUGGAGGAUGGGGUGAGCAGUUUCAAUAAAUGUAUUGAACAAGUAAUCAUGAGAAACCUUGUGGACGAACUUUCUACUGUCCAUAUAUUGUUUACUUUAUGUUGUAUAGUUCCCUUCCACCCUUACCCAGAGAUGCAGGUUGCUGAUGGCAUUAUGGUGAAGCUAGAGGGACUGAUUUUGUCAUGGCGCCACAGGUUCUGGGAGCAUGACUGGUCUAUUGAGUUGCAUAUGUACUGGGGAAUGUCACUUCUGUAACCUACCUCACCAAGAUAUGUUGGAGGGGUUUUGAUGUAAGGACCAAAAUUAAAAUGACUGAGUAUAUUAGAGAUUAUAACAUUACAUUUUUCUUUCAUGGUUUGAAAAUUCUUGUCUCUUAAAGGGUGGGUCUCUGGGGGCACUAAAGGAUAUGGGGUUUACAUGGUCACUAUUUUUUAAAUGAAUUUAUUAAAAUGUGAUGGAUUUGUUAACCUUUUUGAGACAGAAGCCAUGUGUUAAAGGUUUUUCUACAUUGGGUUCUGUAUAGUAUUUAUUUUAAUGGUCUUCAAUAAAAGGUAUUCUUUUUAACCAAGUAAA